GCGUCGGGCAGCGGGCGCGCGCCAUGGCUGUUGUCCGCUGACGGUUGGAGCGCGAGCCAUGGAACGGGCCCGGGCGAUCGGAGAUCCUCACUGAAGCCAAACCUGCGGCGCAAGGCGAUGGCGGGGCCCCGGUGGCCCGAAGCCGCCGCCGUUGCCAACCACCACCACCUCCUCCUCCUCCUCAUGUUCCUACUGCUGCCGGGUGCAAUACGGUGUGCUGCCAGUACAGUGACUCUGCCAGAAACCCUGCUGUUCAUAUCCACGCUUGAUGGGAAUCUGCAUGCCGUCAGUAAACGGACUGGGGAGAUCAAAUGGACCUUAAAAGAAGAUCCAAUCAUUCAAGUUCCUGUCUACCUGGCCGAACCAGCAUUUCUUCCAGACCCAAAUGAUGGAAGUCUCUAUAUCUUGGGAGGGACAGCUAAAGAGGGACUAAUGAAACUCCCUUUCACCAUCCCUGAACUGGUUCAUUCCUCCCCUUGUCGGAGCUCUGAUGGAAUACUGUACACGGGUAAGAAACAGGAUCUGUGGUUCGUAGUAGAUCCUGAAACUGGAGAAAAGCAGACCACACUGACCACAGAUAUGUCAGGGAACAUAUGUCCAACCACUCCUCUCCUGUACAUCGGGCGAACAGAGUAUAUGAUCACCAUGUACGAUACCAAGACACGUGAAAUUUUCUGGAAUGCAACCUAUUAUGACUAUUCUGCUCCUUUAUACAAUGAAAACAUGGACUAUAAAAUGGCUCAUUUUGCAUCAAAUGGUGAUGGUUUGGUGGUGACUAUAGACAGGGCAUCAGGCGAUGUCCUUUGGAUGCAGAAUUAUGGGUCUCCUGUGGUGGGAAUGUUCAUUUGGCAACAGGACAGCCUUCACCAGAUACCACACCUCAAUGUUGCCAUGGAAACACUGCGGUACCUCACCUUUAACUCUCUAGAUAUCCGAAUGAUAAAGUGGAAGUACCAGUUCGUGAAAGAGCCAUCCACUACAAAGACCCAAUUGGUUCCCACACUUUAUGUCGGGAAGCAUGCAUCUGCUUUCUAUGCCUCAACAUCUCUCGUUCAUGAAGGAGUUGCCAUCGUGCCUCGUGGAAUCCCCAUUGUACACAUCGAUGGUCCCACAACUGAGGAUGUCACUGUGCGGGAGCAAAGUGCUUGCGAAAGAACACCGAGCACUCGAGUCAAAUAUCCCCAGGGGAGUAUCCUUGCAUCCAGUAACUUCAAGAGCCAAUGGUUGUUCAUAGGUCAUCAUGAAAUGCCACCAGUUGCACACACUACAAUCCUGAGGACAUUUCCGGAUCCUGUGAAGAAGAAUAAUGAGGCGAUCAUCACUACAAAGACAAACACGAGAACUAUUGAUGAUUUUAUGAUGCCAAGUGACCAGAUACAAUCAAAAUCAUUUGAUGACAGUUAUCGGAUGGACAGUGAAGUGAAGCAAGAGGCUGCAACAGAGACUGUGCCUGAAUUGGGAAACCAAGAUAUUGUGACUGCAACCAUACUUGCUAUACUAAUAGGAUGUUGGGUGGUGUUUCUAGUCAUGUAUCCAAAUAAAAUGCACUGGCAGCAGAAAUUACAACAGCAACAGCUGGAACAACAACUGGAGGAGAAUUUCCAGCUGCUUCAGCAGCAGCCCUCACCCUCUGGUGACCAGAACAAUUUGACUUCUUCAGAAUGCACGGAAAUAUCUCAAACUUCCCAAAAAGAAGCCCAAGGACCCAACUCCCCAGUUUGUGACAGCAGUAACCAAUCAUCAGAGCAACCUCCUGAUAACAGUAUGUACAAUGGUACUCUCUGUUAUGAUGAAAUAGUGGCUGGUGCCGCAACCAACUUAGUUACAAUAGGAAAGAUUUCCUUCAACCCAAAAGAAGUACUGGGUCAUGGAGCCGAGGGAACAUUUGUUUUUCGGGGCACCUUUGAUGACCGUAAUGUUGCUGUGAAAAGAAUUCUCCCUGAGUGUUUCAAUUUUGCUGACCGUGAAGUUCAGCUCCUUCGGGAAUCCGAUGAGCAUCCCAAUGUCAUUCGCUAUUUCUGUACUGAAAGGGACAAGCAGUUUUAUUAUAUUGCAAUCGAACUGUGUGCUGCUACACUACAAGAGUAUGUGGAAGAUUCCAAGUUUGACCAUGUUAAUCUGGAUCCAGUCACGGCACUCUUUCAGACUAUGUCUGGUCUAGCUCAUCUACAUUCUCUUAAUAUUGUCCAUCGUGAUUUGAAACCACGCAACAUCCUCAUCUCCCUGCCAAACUCUCAUGGGAAUGUGAGGGCAGUGAUCUCGGACUUUGGCCUCUGUAAGAAACUGUCUGCUGGGCAUCACAGUUUCAGCCUGCGCUCGGGCAUACCUGGUACAGAGGGCUGGAUUGCACCAGAGGUAUUACAAGAGGAUCCCAAGGAUAAGGCUACGUACGCAAUAGACAUUUUCUCAGCAGGCUGUGUCUUUUACUAUGUUGUUUCCGAGGGAAAGCAUCCAUUUGGUGAAUCGUUCAGACGGCAGAGUAAUAUCUCAAUAGGGUGGUACACAUUGGAGCAUUUUGAACAAGAGACGCACGAGAAUAUUGUGGGUAAACACCUGAUUGAACAAAUGAUCAGUGGCAAUCCACAACAACGUCCCUCCACUCAGUGUGUCUUGAAACAUCCUUUCUUUUGGACUAAAGAAAAACAGCUUCAAUUCUUUCAGGAUGUGAGUGAUCGGAUAGAAAAAGAACCAGUGGAAGGGCCAACAGUUAGUAGAUUGGAGACAGGCGGAAGAUUGGUGGUGAGAACAAACUGGAGGAUGCACAUCUCUGUACCCUUACAAACAGACUUGAGAAAGUUUCGGACAUAUAAAGGAAACUCCGUGCGCGAUCUUCUUCGGGCCAUGAGAAAUAAGAAACAUCACUGCCACGAACUACCACUGGAAGUACAGGAGACACUGGGAGAGAUACCGGACCAGUUUGUGCAAUACUUCACGUCUAGAUUUCCAAAGCUACUGCUGCAUACAUACCAAGCAAUGGAAGUAUGCAGUCACGAGAGGCUCUUUCACCUGUAUUAUCACCGGGAAUCUGGAGACCUGAACAUUGCCAAGCCAGAGAGAUAGCCAGCACAAGCAUGCUUGUGGGAAUCUAUGGAACUGAAUGAAGUGCUCUUGAAGCUAAAAUGCUUCACGUAGAAUAGAGUAAGAUGACAUUUUCAGAGAACAAAGAAACCUGUUCGAUGACCUCUGCUGUCAUAAGCCUGCGCAUAAAUGGAUCAUCUUAACUCUACAAUGGAGACACUUUAUUGGUAUGAUUGGGCAAGAUAAAAAUGUGUUCAUAAUGUAGUCAAGGAGCUGGACCUGACACACAAGGAAGAUGCAAUUGUUACAUAACACUACUCCAGCUCAUAGCUGUGACCAAAGCUGGGGAGAACAGUUUCUUUCCUAUGCAGAAGAACCAACAAUGUUGUGGAAUCAAGCAGGACAGGUAGGAAAGCGCUCUGCCUUAUACAUGUUUGUGCCAUAAAAAUACCACUGAUGCCACAGGUGAUAGUUGUAACACUGGCUACCAACGUUUACAGCAUAGUAUUUGUGCACACUUGCCUUAAGUGACUGGAGAGGGUUUUUUAAGAGAUUAUUUUCAGUUAAAUACAACCUACUUAAUUUUUUUUUAAUGAUAUCAAAAUCAAUCAUUUCUCAUCACUGAUGGCCUUAUGCAAUGCUACCAUGUCCUCAUCUUGUAAAGCUGUCAAUAGCUCUAAAUUAUUUUGAAAAGGAGUCAAUGGAUAGUGAGCAGAAACCAAAAACAAGGCUGAGGCCUAUUCUUGGAGCUGCUGCUUCUCACCAUUUAUGGCCCUGGAUGAUUUACCUAGUUCAACAGCUUUGUUGUUCACCACAUAGAUUUCCAUCAAUCAGAUCAACAGAACGAAACAUUUGUUUUUUUAAAACUACAUGCAUUGUUGACAACUCAAUCAUGUUGUAGAGAUGAAAUGAUUGCUGCAAAAUUUGGACUGAGCUUUCUGUGGCAAAGGCACAUUGGAGACCAGAACUUGCUUAAACGACUCUUGGAAUAGGCAUUAUGCAAUGGGUUUAUUAUAUGCUAAAUGGUGUAAUCUUAUUUUUUAAAUAUUACAGUUGAAAAAUCAAACUGCCAAAGGGUUGGGAGUGGGUGGAAAAGUUGAUGUGAAAGAUUUUUGUAAGCAGUUAAAGAGAUUGAGGUUUAUAAAUAAACAUUUCUGCUGUGCAGUAUUUUAUGCAAGACUUUAGGCUUCUAGUCUGAAUAAAUUUGUUCAUUAGAAUGAGGCUUUGGCUUUUUUUUUUAUUGUAACAUCCAUCCUUAAGGCUACCUAUCGUCCAACUUCAGUUAGUGUAGACAUUUCAUUGAACUGAUACCACAGAUUGUUUAUCCUUGAUCGCUUGUAUUCAUGGCUCAGAGUAGAAAUCUUCCAAAUGAGCAAUAAUUUGUUCCAAGACAAAAUGAAGUGAUUGAUGGCAAGAUAAUUCACAGUAGAAACAGGAAUAACCACAGUGAUGUGUCCUUGCAGUCCCACAAUGUCAAAAUCACAAAUUGCUACAUGCUUUGUUUGACCCAGUGUUAAACUGAGGAAGCACGAUCGUCAAUCCAGUUAAUUGAUUUGCCAGAAUUAAAAUCUUAAUUUAAAAGACAUCUUAACCAUUUACUCAGCCAGUCUCCAAAUGAUCUGGAGGUGGAUUAAAAUAAAAAAGUAGCAUUACUUAGUAAUAGCAUAUACAUUUUCGAAAAAUCUGUCCAAUAGAACUGGUGUCACACUACUUAAGACUCCAUUAACAUUAUCCUUUAACUUGUUUACCUGAAUGGGACAGAAUAAAGAGAGAGUAUUUAAAUUAUACAAUUUACUUGCCAUCUGGUGUUGGGUAUGGAGAAAAGUAUGGCUUAUUCAAGCAUCUGAACUCCAUAGUUGUUGCUUUCUUUGAAAUUUAAUGUAAAUUCACAGUUUUUAAUCUUUGUAAAGAAGCAGAGUGUAAAACAAGCUCUGACCAUUGGACUUUUAAAUUAGGAAAUUGGACAAUACCAGAUCUUCAAAGGGUGGAGCUAAUAGUUGAUUUAUGUACACAGCUCUGAUCUGCAGCCCUAGUCUGCCUAGUCAAAUCUUGGGUUUCUAUAGUCCUCAUCCCAAUAACAAUUUCUCCCAAUCCAAAUCACCUCAUUCCCUUGAUCUGAAACACACCUUUCACGUACCAAAUAAAUUCAAAACAUUAAAUUUAUCAUCCUUGAAUGAGACCAUGUCCAUUCAUUGUUCUCCA